AUGUCAAAUGAUAAUAGUGUAAAUAUUAAUAAUUUUUCAAGUAUGAAUGGUGGUGGUGGUGGUUCAGAUAUUCAAUUUCCUUUAAAACCAUCGCAACAACAACAACAACAACAACAAAAUUCUAUAAAUCAAAGUACAAUUAGAACAUUAGAGAUUACACAAGAAUUAAGAUAUGAGAUUGAUUUUGACCAAAAUGGUUGGAUGAAAUUAAUUGAAGGUACAGCAGAAUGUUUUGGUACGGAAUUAUCAUUAAAUAAAGUUUAUAAAUUGUCAGGUACAAAGGGUGCAGUUUUUACAUGGACAGGUUGCAAGAUAGAGAUAACUAAUAAUUGUCAACCUUAUAUUGGGGAGAAAACUCCAAUGCCACAAUACGCAGGAGUAUAUCAAGAAUUGGAUGCAUUUAGAGUUAGCAUAUUGGACGAACCAAAAAAGAGUGGUCCACGUGUUAUAAUUGUCGGUCCUACCGAUAGUGGGAAAUCGUCACUCUCAAAGAUACUUUUAGCCUACAGUGCCCGAUCAGGCUAUCAACCAUUAUUUGUUGAUUUAGACCCUGGUCAAGGUUCAAUCACCAUACCAGGCACAAUUUCAGCAGCACAUAUUCAAAAUCCAUUGGAUAUCGAGGAGGGGUUAGCUGGUGGGAUUCCAUUGGCUCAUUUCUAUGGUCACACUUCAUUGGAUGUGAAUCCUGAUCUCUUUAAAGCACUUUGUAAAAAUUUAGCAUCAUUUAUCGAUAAACAAUUAGACAGUUCAAACAUUUCAAGAAUCUCUGGUUUCAUUGCAAAUACUUGUGGUUGGAUAGAUGGUUUAGGUUAUAAAAUACUCUUACAAAAUAUUGAUGUCUUUAAAGCAAACUUAAUCAUUGUUAUGGAUAAUGAAAAACUUUAUAGUGAUAUCAGUUCUCAUUAUUCUCAAAAAGAUAAUUCAAUUAAAAUUAUAAAAUUACCAAAAUCUGGUGGUGUAUUUAUAAGACCACCAGUAUUUAGAAAAAAAACAAGAAUGAAUAGAAUAAAAGAAUAUUUUAAUGGUAUAAACGAUAAUUUAUCACCACAUUAUAUAGUAUUAGAUUUUAAAGAUGUUAGUAUUUAUAGAACUGGUGGUGGUCCUGCUGCACCAGCUUCAGCAUUACCAAUUGGUACUUCAUCUCAAAUUGAUCCACUUCAAAUCACUGAAGUUUAUCCUAGUUUAGAUAUGUGUCAUUCAAUAUUUGCAAUCUCUUAUGCAAAACAAGCUUCAAAUAUUUUUCAUUCAAAUGUUGCUGGUUUCCUUUAUGUUUCUGAUAUCGAUAUGGAAACAAAGAAAAUUACAGUUAUUUCACCAGCACCGGGUCCACUUCCUUCAAGAUUUUUACUUUUAGGCACAUUAAAAUGGAUGGAAAAUUAA